UCUGGGCAGUGCUAUGGAGGGAUUGGUCUGCCUGGGGAUCACGUGGCCCAGGGGCCAGAUGAUGGCGGGCGUAGGGGAAGAUUUGAGAGCCCUCUUUGGAGCUGGCGUCCGCGCGGCGCUGGAGGCCUGGCCUGCCUUGCAGAUCGCUGUGGAGAAUGGCUUCGGAGGAGUGCACAGCCAGGAGAAGGCCGAGUGGCUGGGAGGUGCAGUGGAGGAGUACUUCUUCCGCAAUGCUGACUUGGAGCUAGAUGAGGUGGAGGACUUCCUUGGGGAGCUCAUGACGAAUGAGUUUGACACCGUUGUGGAAGACGGGAGUCUGCCCCAGGUGAGCCAGCAGCUGAAGACCAUGUUCCACCACUUCCAGAGGGGUGAUGGGGCCGCUCUGAAGGAGAUGACCUCCAACAUCACCCAAAGAAAGUGCAAGGUUAGAGCCACCACGCUUAUGACAGCCAGGGAGAUGGAUGAGGAUGAUGCGGACAGCGUGGAGGACAUGGAGGUCACAGCUACGAAUGAUGGGGCAGCUACUGAUGGAGUCCGCCCCCAGCCUGAACCCUCCGGUACAGACUCCCAGACUAUUAAGGAAGAGGAUAUAGUAGAGGAUGGCUGGACCAUUGUCCGGAGAAAGAAAUGAGUGGGUCUGGAAAUGGUUUGGGCCCUCGUUUGCUAGUUGUUUUGAGAUUUUUUUCAAGGCUUGUGGACCUUUGGACUGGUUAUCCCAUCUCCACCCUCUCCCUCUUCCCCUGUCUUGCUUCCUCCAGGGGAAGAAGAGCACUAGGGUCCUUGGUCUUGGGGUGGUGGGACCUGGUUCACCACAUCCCCUUGGGCUAUAAGUUACAAUCUGAAUGAUGAAUGAUGAGGCCUGGUUUCGCAGCACAGUGCCUUAGGUGCAGUCAGUGUGAAGAGAGAAGGAUGAGUGGGUGUAGCUGUGGCUGAAGAAGCUGAAUGCUGUUUGAGAGUGCGCAGGUAGAUUUAUGAAGGGAGAUGACCAGCAGAACCAAUACUUCUGCGGGGUCAGGAAUAGUGAGAUGAACAUACAGCUGGAAGAGAGAUUCCUUGAUGAUGUGAAUGAGAGUUGUGACACCUCUCCCACUUCCCUGCUACACACACACAGACACACACACACACAGCAGGAGCAGCAGCAGCUCUAUACCCCUGUCCAGAAAUUGGAACCUCCCAGGAACACUCCUUUCUUGCAGCCCGGCCUCCAGCCCUGGGUUCCUUCAGGAGUUCUAAGACCUUGGCAAGGUAUUGAGCUUGGGUGACCUGGGCUUUGUUUUUUUGUUUCAUACAACCUCUUUCCAAACUCUUCAUCCAAUUCCAUCCAAGUCCAGGAAUGAGGCAUAAGACCUGAAUAAAUAAUACCUUAAUGUUUAAUCUGUUUGCUUGACCUGUUGUAAAUAGCCUUGGAGUCAUCCUUCUGGAACCUGAGGUUCAGAGCUCAGCAAGGGAGCAGUUUUUGGGCCCAUCCUAGCAGUCUUGUACUUUAGACAAACAGACAGACGAAUGGAGCACAGCAGUGCCCUGAAAGUUUCCGUAAGCCUGAAAUAAACUGUAUUUUUCUUUAAAAAACAAAA